GAUGCUGUCCGGCAACGGUACCCUGGUGUGGGCGAUGGAGUUUUGCGGUUUCGCGAGCCGGUAUGUUUUUUUGCGUGCAGCCUGUGUAGGCAGAGGGGACAUCUGCGGCGCGCAUGUCCUGAGCGCGGCGGCCAGCGACGUAGCGGUGGCCAUGGCGCGGGACACAGCGGGUAUAACGGCGGUGGAGCAGAAAGAGACUACGGAGCGACAAGCCGGAAGGCAUAAGGAGAUAUUCAGCGGUGGUCUCGGUCGCUUUACGGGCGGUAAGGCGACGCUGCGCGUGCGGGAGGGGGCAACGCCGGUGUUCCACCGCGCGCGGCCACUACCGUACGCGCUGCGAGAACGCGUCGACGCCGAGCUGGACCGCAUGCUGCGCGACGGCGUCAUCGAGCCCGUCGAUUGCUCCGACUGGGCCUCGCCGCUGGUGCCGGUCAACAAGGCGGACGGCUCCUUGAGAGUUUGCGCGGAUUACAAAGCGACGUUAAAUCCCGUGUUGCAGAUAGAUAGGUAUCCUUUGCCGCGGAUAGAGGAUUUAAUGGUAAACUUAAGUGGGGCGCGUUAUUUCUCUAAAAUUGAUCUGUCGCAGGCGUAUAAUCAGAUCGAGUUAGACGAAACUAGAAAAUAUACGGUUGUCAACACGCAUAGGGGGCUUUAUAGAUACAACAGACUUGUUUACGGAUUAGCUUCGAGCCCAGGAAUAUUUCAGCGCAUUAUGUGCAAUCUUUUUCGCGGUAUCCCUAACGUCGAAAUAUUUUUAGAUGACGUCAUCAUUGGGGGUAAAACAUUGCGUGAGCAUUUAGAUGCCUUAAGGGAGGUUUUUAGUAGACUACACAGUGCUGGGCUAAAAUUAAAGGCUAGCAAGUGUAUUUUCUUAGUCGACGAAGUACGUUACUUAGGAUACAUUAUAAGUAGGGAGGGUAUCAAAACGGAUCCCUCUAAAAUUGAAGCAAUCGUUAAAAUACCUAGGCCGAGUAACAUAACGGAACUUAGAUCGUUUCUAGGUAUUUUAAAUUUCUAUGGAAAAUUUGUAAGAAACAUGAGUGACCGUUUAGUACCAUUGUAUGAGUUGCUUAAGAAAAGGUCAGAAUGGUAUUGGUCCGCGGAUUGUGAGAAAUCAUUUUUAGAAAUUAAAAAAAUAUUGUGUAGCGUGGACACCUUAGCGCAUUACAAUCCACAGAAACCGCUCAUAUUGACGUGCGACGCGAGCGGGCGGGGGGUCGGCGGCGUGCUGACGCAGAUCGACGCCGGCGGCGGUGGCGAGCGGCCGGUUGCAUAUGCGUCGCGCACGCUCACUGAUGCCGAGAAAAAUUAUUCUCAGAUACACCGGGAAGCGUUGGCGAUUAUUUUUUGCAUUAACAAGUUCCAUCAAUAUUUAUAUGGGCGUCAUUUUACUUUACGUACAGACCACAAGCCCUUAGUGUCAAUUUUUGGCCCCAACGCGGGGAUACCGACAAUGGUGGCUAGCCGAAUGCAACGCUGGGCGAUAAUACUCUCGGCUUACUCGUUCGACAUUUUAUACGUGCGUACGGACGAGAACGGCGCUGAUGGUCUGUCGCGGUUGCCGGUUCGCGGCGGUAAACAAGCUGAUCCAUCGCCGCCCGAGCAAACGUACUUGCAUUGUAUUCAAGAUUCAUUAGGUUUAGAUUACAAUGAAAUCAAACGCGAGACGGUACGGGACCCAAUACUGGCUAGAUUAUUACUUUACAUUCGGGAUGGUUGGCCCGUGCAAUGUGAAUUAGAAAAUAUGAAGCCAUACUGGAAUAGGAAAAAUGAGUUAUACGAGGAGUUAGGGUGUAUAAUGUGGGGCCACCGGUUGGUUGUACCUGAUCAAUGUAAAAGUAAGAUAUUGAAAAUUAUACACGAACCACACAUGGGGAUAGUAAAGUCUAAAGCGCUCGCACGGAGUUACGUUUGGUGGCCAGGGAUCGACGAAGCGGUGGAACGUACGUGCCGGGAAUGUACGGCUUGCGCGGCGCAGGUGGAUGCGCCGGCGCGGCAGGCCCCGCGCAUGUGGCCCUGGCCCGCACGACCUUGGUCCCGUCUCCACCUGGAUUUCCUAGGUCCUAUCGCGGGAAAAACGUACUUGGUAGUUGUAGACGCCAUGUCUAAGUGGGUGGAAGUUUUCCACAUGUCGGGUGUUUCGGCGAAUUACCUAAUUGACCGGCUAAACGAAUUGUUCAGUAGAUUCGGUAUACCUCGGCAGAUCGUCACGGACAACGGAACUCAAUUCACGUCUAAGGAAUUUGAAUAUUUCAACCGGUACAACGGUAUUGAACAUAUUUUUACGUCUCCGUAUCAUCCGUCGUCGAACGGGUUGGCCGAGAACGCCGUGAAGACGCUAAAGCGGGUUAUAAAGAAAGCACUGCAAGAAAAACAAGAUAUAAAUAGGGCUCUGUGGUCGUUUCUGUUAUACUAUAGGAACGUCGAGCAUUGCACGACAGGUGAGAGUCCGGCGUUACUCCUCCUUGGUAGGCAGAUUCGAACGCGACUUGAUGCAGUGAGACCGGACAGGGAAGGGCACGUGCGGCGGGCGCAGCAGCGCCAACAGGAUGCGGCCGGCGGAGCCAGUCGGACUCUGGACAAUGCGGACGAUGUGUGGUACAGACAGUACCUAAAGGGAGAAAAGUGGCUGCCGGGCCAAGUAGUACAAGUGUUAGGCAGUAGUAAUUAUAAGGUUAGGAAUAACGAUGGGGAAAUAGUGCACAGGCAUAUUGAUCAGUUACGGAGGCGUCCUAGCGAAGGUAGGCGAUCGCUAGCUUGCACUACGUCUGAUUUGGACAGACAGGCGGGCGACAUAGCAGACUCUCAAGUGGCAGACCCCGGGGUCUCAGAGGCGGAGGAGGUCGAGUCGGAGAGCCCGGCGGGAGCGAGCCAGCCGGCGUCGGGGCCGCAGCCCGUCCCGGCUUCACCGGGCGGGGAAUGCUUGCCUUCCCCGGCUAGAAUUCGCCCAGUUAGGCAAUGUCGGUUAAAAAGACCUAACUAGUUAUAAGCGAAUUCUUAUUAAAUGGUUUAUGUUAUUACAAUUUGUGUGUGUAUGUCUUAGUUUGGAUUAUUAUUGGUAUUAUAUAAUUUUGUGAUUAAUUGUAAUUCUUUAUUGUAAUUUAGUUUUAAAACUGUUAUUAAUUAAGUGUAGAGGAGUGUGAUGUAGGUACCUGUAUUUCAGCGGUCGGGUUAUACCAAUUAUUGUACAUGCUUAAGGCAGUCGGAUUAUACAUCUCGAACCUAACGCCCGUGUUUUAUUCCGUAC